AUGAGUUUUUUAUGUAGAUAAAUGUGGAGCCAACGAAGUGAUGCUGAGAAUCCACAAUAUUGUCUCAGUUGGAAAUCGUAUUUGGCAAAGAUAAGUUGUGUAAAAAAUUUGAACAACAUCUCUGAUAAGAAAGGCUGACGAUAUGGUGGAAUAUAAGUAUCUAACUGGUUUUGGUUCCCAUUUUUCAUCGGAACAUCCAAACUAUCCGAAUGCAUUACCUGAAGGUCAAAACUCACCUCAAAAAUGCGCCUAUGGUCUGUACGCUGAACAACUAUCCGGUACUGCAUUCACUGCUCCUCGCACCGAAAACUCUCGGUCUUGGUUCUAUCGGAUUCGUCCCUCAGUCGUACAUAAGCCAUUCGAACGUGUCACAUUCACCAAUCAAUUGACCAUUAAUUGGAACGAACAGUACCCAAAUCCCAAUCAGAUGCGGUGGAAUCCGUUUGAUCUGCCUCUAAACGGUCAGAUUGAUUUCGUUGAGGGACUUCAUACAGUUUGCGGUGCAGGUGAUCCGAAAAGUAGACAUGGCAUCGCAAUUCAUGUCUAUCUUUGCAAUUCGUCUAUGAAGGAUCGCGCAUUUUACAAUAGCGACGGAGAUUUUCUAAUUGUGCCACAGGAAGGCGGUCUGGACAUCACAACUGAAUUUGGAAAACUUUUUGUGGCUCCGAAUGAGAUUUGCGUUUUGCAGCAGGGAAUGAGGUUUUCUGUGAAUGUUGAUGGACCAUCGCGAGGGUAUAUACUCGAAGUUUAUGACAAUCACUUUAAAUUGCCUGAUCUGGGUCCAAUUGGAGCCAAUGGUCUAGCUAAUCCCAGAGAUUUCCAAACGCCAGUUGCUUGGUUCGAAGAUCGGGAUGUAAAUGGCUUCCAAACGAUUUCGAAAUACCAAGGGGCCUUGUUCGUGGCCGAAUCAAAUCAUUCGAUAUUCGAUGUAGUAGCAUGGCAUGGAAAUUAUGUUCCUUAUAAAUACAAUUUGGCUAACUUUAUGGUCAUCAAUUCGGUCAGCUUUGAUCAUUGCGAUCCGAGCAUAUUUACCGUCUUGACUUGUCCGAGCCAUCGCUACGGUACAGCUAUAGCAGAUUUUGUGGUUUUCCCGCCCAGAUGGAGUGUACAGGAAAAUACAUUCAGACCGCCAUACUACCACAGAAACUGUAUGAGUGAGUUUAUGGGACUCAUACUGGGAAGAUAUGAAGCGAAAGAAGGUGGUUUUCUGCCGGGCGGAGCUUCUUUACAUUCAAUGAUGACGCCACAUGGACCAGAUCAUCAAUGUUUUGAGGGAGCUUCGAACGCAGAAUUGGUACCUCAACGAGUAGCUGAUGACACACAGGCGUUUAUGUUCGAGUCGUCGUUGAGCAUGGCAGUCACAAAAUGGGGCGAGGAAACAUGUCAGAAAUUGGACGUUAAUUACUAUGAGUGUUGGCAGAAACUCGAAAAACAUUUCAAAUUAUCUGACUGAUGAAAGUCACUUUGUAAUUUAUACCAAAAGGCGCCCUAUAAUCAAAAGCAGAA